AUGGCUUCCUCCAGCCGCAACGAGCUCUCCCGCAACGAAACCCUCUCCCUCCUCGCCCUCUCCGGCGCAUCCCUCCUCAUCAUCGCCAACACAUUCCAAGGCGAUGGCGAGCCCCUCAUCGCCUCCCUCGCCCUCUCCCUCCUCGCCUUCGCCCUCGCCUACGCCAUGAUCCGCUGGCUCGGCCCCCGCUUCGUCCAGGCCGGCUUCAGCGGCCACGACAUGGGCAAGACCAGCCGGCCCCUGCUGCCCGAGUGCAUGGGCGCCAUCUGCGCCGUCGUCUACCUGCUCGCCGUCAUCGUCUUCAUCCCCUUCCCCUUCUACAAGGACAUUGUCGCCGCCACCAGCGGCGGCGGCAACAGGGACGUUGUCCUCCACCUCGAGUACGUCAACCAGGGCCGCUUCCUCCACCGCUUCCCGCACAACAAGCUCGCCUCCUACCUCGGCGCCAUCAUCUCCCUCCAGACCAUCGCCCUCCUCGGCAUUGGCGACGACCUCUUUGACAUUCGCUGGCGACACAAGUGGUGGAUUCCCGGCCUCGCCUCCAUCCCCCUCCUCGUCGUCUACUUUGUCGACUUUGACGUCACCUCCAUCGUCCUGCCCAUCCAACUCCAGCCCUACCUCGGUGAGCUCUUCGACCUUGGGCCCCUCUACUAUCUCUACAUGGCCUGCGUCGCCAUGUUCUGCCCCCAGAGCAUCAACAUGCUCGCCGGCAUCAACGGCAUCGAGGUCUCCCAGUGCCUCGUCAUCGCCCUCCUCCUCGCCUUCAACGACGCCCUCUACCUGCUCACCCCCUACCCUCAUCCCGCCACCGACUCUCACCUCUUCUCCCUCUACCUCCUCCUCCCCUGGAUCGGCGUCUCCGCGGCGCUGCUCGUCCACAACUGGUAUCCCGCCCGCGUCUUCGUCGGCGACACCUACUGCUACUUCUCCGGCAUGGUCUUCGCCGUCGUCGGCAUCCUCGGCCACUUCUCCAAGACCCUCGGCCUCCUCCUCGUCCCCCAGAUCUUCAACUUCCUAUACUCCUGCCCCCAGGUUUUCGGGCUCCUCCCUUGUCCCCGCCACCGCCUCCCCCGGUUCAAUGCGCGGACCGGCCUGCUCGAGCCCUCGACCACGCCCUGGUCCCCGGACCGCCAGCCGCACCCCCUCGUCGCGCGGGGCCUGCGCCUCAUGGCCGGGCUCAAGCUGGUCGCCGUCACCUACGAUAAGGAUGGUCUCUUCACCGAGACCUCCAACUUCACCAUCCUCAACCUGUGGCUUGUCUGGAGGGGUCCGCUCAGGGAGGAUCGCCUGGCCUGGGAGGUCACCCUGUUCCAGGCCGCAGUCGGCCUGUUCGGCCUGUUUGUGAGGCACAAGCUUGCCCUGCUCGUCUUUAAGGAAGACAACUGGGGCACCGCUGUCGACAAAUAA